AUGUCGGUGUUCCGGCUGGGCGACCAUGUGUGGCUGGACCCUCCCUCCACCAGCAAGACCGGUGUGGCCAUCGGGGGCAUUGUCAAAGAAACAAAGCUGGGAAAGGUCUUGAUUGAGGAUGAUGAGGGCAAGGAACACUGGAUCUAUGCAGAAGACCUCAGCGCCCUCAGCCCCAUGCAUCCCAACUCAGCCCAAGGAGUGGAUGACAUGAUCCGCCUAGGGGACCUGAACGAGGCAGGUGUGGUACACAACCUCCUGGUCCGGUACCAGCAGCACAAGAUCUACACCUACACAGGCUCCAUCCUGGUGGCCGUGAACCCGUUCCAGAUGCUGCCCCUGUACACCCCGGAGCAGGUACAGAUCUACUACAGCCGCCACAUGGGCGAGCUGCCGCCACACGUCUUCGCCAUCGCCAACGGCUGCUACUUCAACAUGAGGAAGAACAAGAGGGACCAGUGUUGCGUUAUCAGUGGCGAGUCUGGAGCCGGAAAGACUGAGUCGACCAAACUCAUCCUUCAGUUCCUGGCCACAGUCAGCGGUCAGCACUCGUGGAUUGAGCAGCAGGUCCUGGAGGCCAACCCCAUCCUAGAAGCCUUUGGCAAUGCCAAGACCGUCCGGAAUGACAACUCCAGCCGCUUCGGGAAGUACAUUGACAUCCACUUCAACUCCAGCGGGGUGAUCGAGGGCGCCAGCAUUGAGCACUUCCUUCUGGAGAAGUCGAGAGUCUGCCGGCAGGCUGCAGAGGAACGGAACUACCACAUUUUCUACUGCAUGCUGAUGGGGAUGAGCCCGGAAGAGAAGAAAAUGCUGGGUCUGGGCAUGGCCUCUGACUACCAUUACCUGACCAUGGGGAACUGCACAUCCUACGAGGGACUCAGUGACGCCAAGGACUACGCCCAUGUUCGCUCAGCCAUGAAGAUCCUCCACUUCUCAGACUCUGAGAACUGGGACAUCAGCAAGCUGCUGGCAGCCAUCCUCCACCUGGGGAAUGUGGGGUUUAUGGCUGCUGUCUUCGAGAACCUGGAUUCCUCUGACGUGAUGGAAACCGCAGCCUUCUCCUUUGCGAUGAAGUUGCUCGAGGUGCAGCACCAGGCUCUCCGAGACUGUUUGAUCAAACACACCAUCCCCAUCCGUGGAGAGUACGUCUCCAGGCCCUUGAACAUCGCACAGGCUGCAGACCGGAGGGAUGCUUUUGUCAAGGGCAUCUAUGGGCACCUCUUCCUGUGGAUUGUCAAGAAGAUCAAUGCUGCGAUCUUCACACCGCCAGCCCAGGAUCCCCAAAGUGUGCGGAGGGCCAUUGGUCUCCUGGACAUAUUUGGCUUUGAAAAUUUCCAGAACAAUAGCUUUGAACAGCUCUGCAUCAACUUCGCCAACGAGCAUCUGCAGCAAUUCUUUGUGAAACACGUGUUCACCAUGGAGCAGGAGGAGUACCUCUCCGAGAACAUCACCUGGGACUACAUCCACUACACCGACAACCAGCCCAUCCUAGACCUGCUGGCUGUCAAGCCCAUGAGCAUCAUCUCCCUCCUAGAUGAGGAGAGCCGCUUCCCACAGGGGACAGACGUCACUAUGCUGCAGAAACUGAACAGCGUCCAUGCCAACAACAAGUUCUUCCUGAGACCCAGGAACAUCCAUGACACCCGAUUUGGGAUCACACACUUUGCGGGUGAAGUGUACUACCAGGCGGAAGGCUUCCUGGAGAAGAACCGAGACGUGCUGAGCACAGACAUCCUCAUCCUGAUUCACUCCUCCAAAAACAAGUUCCUGAAGGAGAUAUUCAACCUGGAGUCAUCACAGACAAAGCUGGGCCAUGGCACCAUCCGCCAGAUGAAGGCAGGAAGCCAGUCGGCCUUCAAGCCAUCAGACUCCACCAAGCGGCCCCUGACCCUCGCGGGCCAGUUCAAACAGUCCCUGGAGCAGCUGAUGAGAAUCCUGACCCACUGCCAGCCCUACUUCAUCCGCUGCAUCAAACCCAAUGAGUACAAGAAGCCGCUGCUGUUUGACCGAGAGCUGUGCAUCCAGCAGCUGCGUUACUCCGGCAUGAUGGAGACAGUGCAAAUCCGCAAGUCAGGCUUUCCCAUCCGCUACACCUUCGAUGAGUUCUCACAGAGGUUCCGCGUGCUGCUGCCCAGCCCUGAGCAGAAGCAGUUUCAAGACAAGCACCGCCAGAUGGCCUUGCGCAUUGCUGACCUGUGCCUGGGAACAGACAAAGACUGGAAAGUGGGAAGGACCAAAAUCUUCCUGAAGGAUCACCAGGACACAAUGCUGGAGAUCCAGAGGAGUCAGGUCCUGGACGGAGCAGCGAUCAGCAUCCAGAGAGUCCUCCGGGGACACAAAUACAGGAAGGAGUUCCUGAGGCAGAGACAGGCAGCUGUGACUCUCCAGGCGGUGUGGCGAGGUCACUGCCAAAGAAAGAACUUCGAGCUGAUCCUAGUAGGCUUUAAGCGCCUACAGGCCAUUGCCCGGAGCCACCUGCUGAUGAGACAGUUCCAGACCAUGCGACAGAAGCUGGUGCACCUGCAGGCCCGUUGCAGGGGCUACCUGGUGCGACAGCAGGUCCAGGCCAAGAGGAGGGCCGUGGUGAUCAUUCAGGCACACGCCAGAGGCAUGGCUGCCCGGCGGAACUUCCGGCAACAGAAAUCCAUUGGACCUCCGGUCAUUCUGGCUAACGAGCCCAAGGGUCAGGGUGCCGUCCCUGACAGGAAGCGUAAGUCCAUCUACGACACUGUCACCGACACAGAGAUGGUGGAGAAAGUGUUCGGCUUCCUCCCAGCCAUGAUUGGAGGUCAGGAGGGCCCAGCCCCAACGCGCUUCGAGGAUCUGGAAGUAAAGACCCAGAAACUGCAUGAGAUUGAUCUGGAUACAGUACCCAUGACGGAGACGCCAGAGGAGGAUGUGGAUGGUCUGGCUGAAUACACCUUCCCCAAGUUCGCUGCGACUUACUUCCAGAAAUCAGCCAGCCAUACCCACAUUCAGAAGCCCCUCCGAUACCCGCUGCUCUACCAUGAGAAUGACACUGACCAAUUGGCAGCUCUAGCUGUAUGGCCCAUCAUCCUGAGGUUCAUGGGUGACCUUCCGGAGCCAGUGCUCUAUGCCAGGAACAGCCUGAGUGGCAGCUCAGUGACGAAGCAGGUCCGCGACAGGCCGGGCAAGGACAGGGGCACUCAGGGUCCACAGCACACCGAAUAUGCACAGAGAAUAAGCAGCUGGGACCAAGGGCUCAAUGAUAUCUCUUUAAAGCUGAAGUGGCCCUCAUGGAUCACUGGCCAGGUGGCCAGAAAACUGAACACUGGUGAAGAGGCAUUCAAGUCUGAUGUCCCUGUCUCAGACAGACCCAUGUCUAACCUGGAGAAGGUGCACUUCAUUGUGGGUUAUGCCAUCAUGCGUCCCAGACUCAGGGAUGAAAUCUACUGCCAGAUCUGCAAGCAGCUUUCUGAGAACUACAAAACAAGCAGCCUGGCCCGGGGCUGGAUUCUGCUCAGCCUCUGUCUGGGCUGCUUCCCACCCUCGGAGAGGUUCAUGAAGUAUCUGCUGAAUUUCAUUGGUCAAGGGCCAGCCAGUUAUGGUCCCUUCUGUGCUGAGCGUCUACAACGCACCUUUGCCAAUGGGGUGCGUGCAGAACCUCCUACCUGGCUGGAGCUGCAGGCUGUCAAGUCCAAGAAGCACAUCCCGAUCCAGGUCAUCCUGGCAACUGGAGGGAGCCUGACUAUCUCUGUGGAUUCUGCCUCCACCUCCCGAGAAAUCUGCCAGCACAUCGCUCAGAAACAGGGCCUCAGGGACCAUCUGGGCUUCUCCCUCCAGGUCGCUGUAUAUGACAAGUUCUGGUCCUUGGGAAGCGGCUGUGACCAUGUGAUGGACGCUGUGGCCCAGUGUGAACAACUGGCCCAGGAGAGGGGAGAGAGCCAGCGCCAGUCCCCCUGGCGCAUCUACUUCCGGAAGGAGUUCUUCACCCCCUGGCAUGACUCCCAGGAGGACCCCGUGAGCACCGAGCUCAUUUACUGCCAAGUUGUCCGUGGAGUAUGGUCUGGCGAGUACAAUUUUGAGAAGGAAGAAGAGCUGGUGGAGCUGCUGGCCCGUCACUGCUACGUGCAGCUUGGGGCCACAGUGAAGAGCGAUGCCGUUCGGGAGCUGCUGCCCAGCUGUGUUCCCUCCAAGCUGUACCGGACCAAGUCUCCGGAGAAGUGGGCUAGCAUGGUCACUGCUGCCCACGCUAAGGCCCCGUAUACCCAGUCAAGAGCCACGCCGUUGGCGGUGAGGGAGCAGACAGUGGAGGUUGCCCGUUUACUGUGGCCCCUGCUCUUCUCCCGGCUGUUUGAAGUCACCACGCUCUCUGGCCCCCGCCUUCCCAAGACACAGCUGAUUUUGGCCAUUAACUGGAAGGGGAUGUGCUUCCUGGACCAGAAGGAGAGGACGCUGCUGGAGUUGUCCUUCGCAGAGGUCAUGGGUCUGGUUGCCAACAGGGAGGCCCCCGGUGGGCAGAGACUGCUCCUGUCCACACUGCAUGAAGAGUAUGAGUUCGUCUCCCCCAGCAGCGUGGCCAUUGCGGAGCUGGUGGCCUUGUUCCUGGGAGGCUUGAAGGAGAGGUCUGUGUUCGCCAUGGCCCUGCAGGACAGGAAGGCCACAGAUGAUGCCACCCUCCUGCCCUUCAAGAAAGGGGACUUACUGAUCCUGACCAAGAAACAAGGACUGUUGGCCUCAGAGAACUGGAUCCCAGGCCAGAAUGACAGAACAGGCAAGACGGGGCUGGUGCCCGUGGCCUGCCUGUACAUCAUCCCCUCGGUCACCAAGCCCUCAGCCCAGCUGCUGAGCUUGCUGGCCAUGUCACCAGAGAAACGGAAGCUGGCAGUCCAGGAGGUGCGGGCUGCAGAGCCACCGCCUGAGGAGCAGCCCACAGAGUCACCAUACACCCUGGAGGAGUUCGCCUAUCAGUUCUUCAGGACCCCAGACAAGGAGACCAUCAGCAGGGCCACGAUGCCUAUGGCCCGCAGCCGAGGCCACCUGUGGGCCUACUCCCCAGAGCCACUGCGCCAGCCACUGCUCAAAUGUGUCCACGACAAAGCUAAACUUCGGGAUGCAGCCUGCCAGAUCUUCCUUGCCAUUCUCAAGUACACAGGCGACUACCCUUCCCGGCAGUCAUGGCACAGCCUGGAGCUCACAGAUCAGAUGUUCUCGUUAGCCCAGCAGGACCCGGCCCUUCAGGAUGAACUCUACUGCCAGAUCCUGAAGCAGUUGACACACAACUCCAUCAGGUACAGCGAAGAGCGAGCCUGGCAGCUGCUGUGGCUCUUCACGGGCCUCUUCCCGCCAGGCAAAACGCUGCUGCCCCACGCUCAGAAGUUCAUAGACUCCCGGAGGAAGAAGCCUCUGGGUCCCGACUGCAGCCGCAGGCUCCACAGGGUUCUGAGGAUGGGACCUCGGAAGCAGCCCCCACAUCACAUAGAGGUGAAGGCUGCUGAACAGAAUGUGUCCAAACUAUGCCAUGAGGUCUACCUCCCCAAUGACACCAGUGAGACAAUGGAGGUGGGCAGCAACAGCCGGGUGCGAGACCUGUGUGAGAGCAUUGCCACUCGGCUGCAGCUGGCCUCCUUGGAUGGCUGCAGUCUCUUCAUCAAGAUCACAGACAAGGUCAUCAGCCUGAAGGAGGGAGACUUCUUUUUUGACAGCCUGAGGCAGGUAUCUGACUGGGUGAAGAAGAACAGGCCUCAGAAAGAAGGGGCCGCCAUGACACUUCCCUACCAGGUGUUGUUCAUGCGGAAACUGUGGCUCAACGUGACCCCUGGGAAGGAUGUGAACGCAGACACCAUACUCCACUACCACCAGGAGCUACCCAAGUACCUUCGAGGGUUUCACAAGUGCUCCCGGGAAGACGUUAUCCACCUGGCAGGCCUCAUCUAUAGAGUCCAGUUUGGCAGUGACCGGUCUCAACUGGCUAGUAUCUCAAAGAUCCUGAAGGAACUGGUGCCUCAGACCCUCACGCGACUGAUGUCCUCAGAGGAGUGGAAAAAGAGCCUCCUUCUGGAAUGUGACAAACACAAACACAAGACAGUGGCAGAGGCCAAGGUGGACUUCCUGAAGUGGAUCUACCGCUGGCCGACCUUUGGGUCUUCCUUCUUUGAGGUGAAGCAAACCUCUGAGCCUUCCUACCCAGACAUCCUCCUCAUCGCCAUCAAUAGACAUGGGUUGCUACUCAUCCACCCCAAGACCAAGGAACUGCUGAACACCUACCCUUUCACCAAGAUCUCCAGCUGGAGUAGCGGCAGCACGUACUUCCACAUGGCCCUGGGCAGCCUGGGCCAGGGCAGCCGACUGCUGUGCGAGACCUCUCUGGGCUACAAGAUGGAUGACCUGCUGACCUCGUACGUCCAGCAGCUCAUGAGUGCGGUGAACAAGCAGCGAGGCUCCAGGGCCCCCGCCCUGGCCAACCCCUAACAGGUCCCAUCUGCACACAGCCCUCCAGGCCGGGCUUCCAUCCCCUUCUCAGCACACCAGAUCACCACCCCCACCCCCUCCCCGGGUGUUCA